AGAAUCAAAGUUCUCACACAACUUUUGAGUUUUUUUUCUUUUCCACCCACCCACCCCCGUGGUUGCCUACCACGAUAGGGAUCCUUGGGUUUAACCAAUUCAACUAUCCUUGUUUGCCGCUUCGUUAGUAGUGCUACCUAUUAGAAAAAAUGGAAAGAGAGGAAAUCGCCAAGUCCAGUGCACCAUCGUCCCCUGACGUUGUAGGGAGUAAGUUUGGCAGCGGGACGCUGCGCGGGGUGAAUAGAUAAUAUGUUGGAGGUUCAUCGCGAGUUUGGAGGGUGGAAUCAGGUCUCAGCUAAUGCAUCUCUCUCGGACUCUUUGCACCUCUCGAUUCUUCUAUUCUGUGCUUCCAGCUUUCUUUAACUUCUUCCUUGUUGCGUCCAUCAAACUUCCCUCGGAAGUCUAAACUCACAUAAAAUCAGUUUGCUGGUCGAGGAAACUUUACAUUGCUGUCUAUAGCUUAGCUUUUUUUUUCUUUCUGUUUGACCUUUACAAUGUCUCAAAUAUACAUUGCUCUGGGAUUUUUGGUCUCGUGCGCUGUCAGUGUCGUGAGCGUGGCCUCGCACAGGUGCCGGAAUGCAUUGAUGCGUGGCAAGUCCGAAAACACCCUCCACACCGAUGAGGCACUGUCGAUGCCUUUGAAUGGCUCCGUUAUGCUGUUUUCUCUCUACGUCCUGCUACGCUUUAUUCCGAAAGAGUUCUUCAACGCGUUGAUUUCCUUCUGCCUGAGUCUGUUGAGCAUUUUCGCCCUGAACGCGUUCGUUAAAGGAUACGUGAAAGCGAACAUUCUCACUGGGCUGCUCUGCGUGGGAAUUGCCACCGUCAGCUACAUGACAGGUAGCUGGAUUGCCAACAACGUUCUAGCUUUCGCUUUUGGUGUUACUGCCCUUGAAUCUUUACAUGUCGGUGGAUUCUCGGCGUCAUUUGUGCUGCUGAUCGGCUUGUUUUUCUACGACAUCUUUUGGGUCUUUGGGUCCGAUGUCAUGCUCACCGUCGCGACUGGCAUUGACGGUCCGAUCAAAAUACUAUUCCCGCAGACCAUUUUCGGUGACCACCAGCAGAAAAGCCUGCUGGGCCUUGGCGACAUCAUAGUCCCUGGUUUUUUCAUCUGUCAAACGUUGGUUUUCUCGAAAGACUUUGUCAAGCGAGGCAAUUUGUACUUCGCAACAGCAAUGGUGGCGUAUACGCUGAGUCUCUUUAACACCAUGGCUGUGAUGCUUAUUUUUCAACACGGCCAACCGGCGCUGCUAUUCAUUGUGCCAUGGCUACUUAUCUCAUUCUGUGCGGUCGCCAUUUAUCAAGGUGAUGUGCGGGCGGCGUGGAACUUUGACAUUCUCACUGUCUUCUCUACUUCCAGCGACGAAAAGACACGGGAUGAAGAGACAUCCCACGAAGAGGAAGAGUCUCUGGGGAUGUUUGUAUGGGCGUCUGUUCUAGAUCUGUUUGGCUUGACAUCUGAGGAAGAGGUGAAGAGUGAUGCAGAUGGGGCAAAGCUCAAAGAGAAGAAGGAGGCGUAG